UGGGGCCCAGAGCAGAACGUUGGGUGUAGCGUGUGUGAGAUAGAGGAGCGAGGGCGGGCUGUGAACCGAAGAGAAUGAUGCGAGCUUCGGCUAGACGAUUGGACGGAGUGUUCUCAACGAUUCUCGGCGGUGAAUCUCAUCGUCCUCUCCCCGCUAUCAACAGGGAUUCUCGAAUAUUGUAUUCUCAUAUAGGCCCAAGCACAUCAACUCUCUCACUUUUUCCUGAGGCCAGAUUUACACAGUUUCUUACUUACUUAACACAAGCAAAUCAGAGAGGCAGCAAGUUGAAGGGACCUCACCUAGGAGCAUUUUAUAUUUCCUCUCCAUUAAAUACUUUACUAUUGCAGAGAUCAUUGAUGUUUGGGCAUCAUAAUACUCUUGCAAAUUGGUUGCAUGCUAGAUGUAUGAGCAAUGGAACAAUUGAGCUGAGAACAGAGAAUGAUGUUGUUAGGUUUAAUAUUGGCCAGCAGCUUGAUAAAAAUGGGUCUUGGACACAAGGAAAGAAAAAAUCCAAACGAAUUAAAAUGUCAAAGAAGACCAAGUUAAAUGAACUGAAGUUUUACCGUUUGAAGGCAAAGAAAAAGAUGAAAUCUCCAAAUCCAGAAAUUAGGAUCAGAUACAAGCUUGAAAAGGCGAAACGGAAGGAAGCAUGGUUAAUAGAGAAAUUAAGGAAAUUUGAGUUACCUAAAGCCCCAGCUGAAACAUAUGAUCCUGAAAUUCUAACUGAGGAAGAGAGGUUUUACCUAAAGCGCACUGGUGAGAAAAAGAAGAAUUAUGUUCCAGUUGGGAGGAGGGGAGUAUUUGGAGGUGUUGUCCUUAACAUGCAUCUUCACUGGAAAAGGCAUGAGACUGUUAAGGUUAUCUGCAAGCCUUGUAGGCCUGGACAGGUUCAGGAGUAUGCUGAAGAGCUUGCACGGCUAAGCAAAGGCAUUGUGAUUGACAUAAAACCUAACAAUACUAUAAUAUUCUAUCGUGGGAAGAAUUAUAUCCAGCCAGACAUAAUGUCACCCCCAAAUACCCUAUCAAAGGCAAAGGCCUUGGAAAAAUAUAGAUAUGAGCAGUCCCUAGAGCAUACAAGUCAAUUCAUUGAGAAACUUGAGAAAGAGCUGGAAGAAUAUCAUAAGCACCUUGGUCGGUACAGAAAAGAGGAGGAGAAAGAGCAUGCACUGUUUCAAGAUUCAGUGGUUGACACUUAAAGACUUGUGGAGGACUUGGAUUGCAGUAACAUGGAUGCAUGGAGCUACUCAAAGUAAAUGGGACAGAGACUUGUUUAGUUGUGUUCGAAACAGAUUGCAUAUGGAUCUGGAAGGCAAUAUGUCAUGCAAGCUACUUCUGCUAUCCUUUUAU